UCCUGAGCAAGCUUAGACACUAACACUGGGUUGGUUUCGAAGGCCUCCAGUUUGGACUUCGGUAGCGCUAGGUGCCCAUCCCAACUGAAGGUUCUAUUUUCACUCGGGGUGGGCUCUCAAAACGAGUUCGCGGAAACCCCGAACUAGUCAGACCUAUUUUUAACCUCUGACCACUCUCGGGACAAACGGAGAGGAGCCGAUUAGAUUCUGCGCCUCUUUAGUUCUUAAAUUGCCCCUCUCAGAGCGCCCAUUGCAGCCUCUUCUCGUCGUAGACCCGGUGGCCACAUGGCGACAGAACUUUGUUGGACGAGUUUCCAACUGAGAUUCGCUCUGGUGCUAUUCAUCCUUUUGGAUUCUGGCAUGUGUGAACGUAACAACAUAUUUGGCCUCAGGAAUGAGAGUGUUACACUUUCACCAUCUCAUAAAACAAAGUUUAAAGAUAUUACCUUGAAGAAAAAUAAAGAUAAGGUGGCAGAAUGGCUAGAGAAUAGCGGCUCACUUUGGAACUCUAUAUCCUUUAAAGGAAGGAUUACAUUAGACCCCCAGUCUGGAACUUUUACUAUCCUACGAGCAGAGGCAUCUGAUGAAGGCCAGUACGAAAUCGAAUCAUCAAGUCUUCCAGCAAGUGAGUCCAUGACUCUUCAUAUUGUAGACAAACUUCUACAACCUGAUCUCACCUGUGCUUCUGAUGAAGAAAACAUUACAGUUUCAUGUAAUAUGACAGAAGACAGCAAUUUUCUAAACUAUUCAUGGAACAUUACUGAACCACAUGUACAUCUUUCAGAAAAAAUGGUGCAGCUGAGUCGUACAGUAAACCUCUAUCAAAGUGUCCAGUGCACUGUGUCUAACCCCAUGUCCAAAAAUGAGUCUUCCCUCAUCCUCAGGAUCUGUGUCCCAGAGACAAAUGGUGCGAGAAAUAGGUAUGGAAUAUUUGGAGCGGUCAUUCUACCAUUCCUUACAGUGCUUUACAUCACUGGAAUAUUAGGUGCUGUUUAAGGUAUAUUAGAAUGCCUUGCACACAGUAAGGCUUGAGAUUAUCCUCAGCUGUUACUAUGAAAUUCAAUGCAUGGAUUGGCUACAACAGUAUGUCGGGGACCUCUGGUAAUCUGGUGAACCCUAUGGAUUCCUUAGAAUAAAAAUUUUAAGGACAGAAAAAAUGCACAGACUACAAAGGAAAUCAAUUACAUUAAAAUACAGUUAUCUUCUGGAAAGACCUACAUGAACUGAUGCAGAAGGAAAUAAGCAGAACCAGGAGAACAUUGUAUACAGUAACAGCAAUAUUGUAUGAAGAUCAACUGUGAAAGACAACUACUCUCAGAAAUGUGAUGAUCCAGGGCAAUUCUGAAAGACUCGUGACAAAGAAUGCUAUCUACCCCCAGAGAAAGAACUGUUGGAGUUAGAUGGAUACAGAUCAAAAUAUACUACUUUUCACAUUAAUUUGUGUUUUUAUUUGAGGGUUUUGGUUUUAUAUAAUUAUUCUCUCAUAAUAAUGACCAAUAUGGAAGUAUGUUUUGUAUGAUAAUAUAUGUACAACCCAGAUCAAAGUGCCUACCUUCUCCAAGAGGGGAGACAGAAGGGAGGGAGGGAGACAAUGUAGAUCUAACUUCAGAAAAUGGAUGUUUGAAAAUUCUUAUUACAUGUAUUUGGGAAAAUAAAAUAACCUUAAAAAAAAGAAAAAGGUAAUACAGUUAUCUACAUAUUUUUAAACAACAAAUACAGACCCUAGGUUAAGAUCUGUUGAACUAGACUGAGGCUAAUAAUGCUGACUGGUAGAGGACCCCAAGAUCCUCUAUUUUAGUCAAAAGAUUGAAAUUGAGUCAUCAAUUUUGUGUACUUUCUCAAAUGAGUGCAUUUAAAUUCUAUGAAGAUCAGAGAAACAUCAGGAAAUGUAGGUGAUAUAAAGAAAAAAAUUAUAAUAAAAUGUAUUUAUUAAAAUAUAAAAUAUAAGAUUACUUUAAAAAUAAAGUGUACUAAAACCAUUUCUUUUCUCAAGUAAAAAUUUCACCCCAUACUGUCAACCCAGUCUUGUUUAUGCUCUUAAUUGGCUUGGCCAAUUUUUCAUAUAUAAUCUAAACUCAUAAACUUAUGCUUAGCAAUCAAUUCCAAAUCAUUUAAGUUCAAAUAUAGGAAGUUUUAUAUGCACUAGAUUAUCAAAUAGAUGAGCUUUUUUGGCUAGUCAUAGAAUGAUCACCAAAGAUGGCCUUCUUGAUACAACUUGGAUAAAAGGCAAAGUUUUUAAAGAAGAUGGAUGUCCCAACAGUGAGAUCAAAGAUUCUGCAUUAUGUAAAGCUUGGAGAGUGAAAUGAAUUUUAAGCCAAAACAAGACAUGAAUAUUAAUGGAGAAAGAGAAGAGAGAAGGGAGGAAGGGGAGAGAGAAGGGGAGGAGGAGGAGGAGAAGGAGGAGGAGGAGGAGGAAGGAGAGGCUGCUCUGGUUCAUUCCCAGUGUUUGAAUGGAAGAAGGAAAAGGAGGCAGGAUGCAGCUGACCUCUUACACACACACACACACACACACACACACACACACACACACACACACACACACACACACACACACUUUGAUGGACCAGAGAAUAGAGAAGGAAGAUAGAGAAAAACAUUAAAGGACCACAGAGCCCACCUCUUCCAACACCCUUACUUUACAAAUGAGGAACCUGAGGUCCAUAGGAGUGAGUGAUUUGCCCAAAGUCAUACAGGCAAGUAAGUAGCUUGAUCAGAAGUUCAAUACAUGUCCUCUGACUCUAAAUUCUAUAUUCUUCCCAAUUCACAAAUCUGAUGUUCUGUUUCAAUCCCAGUUCAUCAAAUAAUUUAUCAUUAUUUUUUUUUAAAUGCUUGCCUUCUGUCUUGGAAUCAAUCCUAUGUAUUUAAGACAGAAAAGUCAUAAGGGCUAAGCAAUGAGAGUUAAGUGAUCAGGGUCAGGCCACACGGUUAAGAAAUAUCCAAGAGUAAAUUUGAACUCAGAACCUCCCACUCCAGGUUUGGCUCUCCAACAAUUCAUUUAUUAAGCACUUGGCACAGAAUAGGCCUUUAAUAAAAGCUCUUUGGAUCAAAGUGUCUAUGAUGUGCCAGGUAAUUUUUCAGGUGCUAAGGGAUACAAAGGAAAAAGGAACAAUCUCUACUUUUCAAGGAAUUUAUAGUCUAUUAAACCUUCCACCCACAAAACCUUUUCUACUUUAAAUAAUGUAAUACCUGGCAAAGAAUUGAAAAUUGAGGGAUAUAUGUCAAUUGGGGAAUAGCUGAAUGAAUCAUGGUUUAUGUUGGUGAUGGAAUACUAUUGUGCUAUAAGAAAUGAUAAGAUGAUUUCAGCAAAAGCUGGGAAGAUUUGCAGGAACUGAUGCAGAGUGAAAUAAGCAGAACUGGGAGAACAUUGUACAACUGUAUUGGUUGAUGAUUAUCUGUGAAAGACUGCUAGUCCCAGCAAUACAAUGAUCUGGGACAAUUCUGAGAAAUUUGGGACAAAGAAUGCUGCUCACCUCCAGAGAAAGAACUGUUGGACUCAGAAUGCAGAUCAAAGCAUACUAUCUUUCACAUUAGUUUAUUUACAGAUUUAUUUGGGUGUUUCAGUUUUAUAUGAGUAUUCUCUUAAAACAAUGACCAACAUGGAAUUUUGUUUUGCAUGAUAAUAUGUGUAAAACCCAGAUCAAAUUGCUUAUCAUCUCUGAGAGUGGAGAGGGAAGGGAGAGAGGGAGACAAUUUGUCUCAUAAUUUUGGAAAAUGUGUGUUGAAAAUUGUUAUUACAUGUAAUUGGGAAAAUACAAUAUCUUUGAAUAAAAUAAAAAAAUAAAUAGAUAAUCACUGUUUAUUCCUUCCAUCUUCGUUACUUGAUCAUUUUCAGUUAUGUCCAACUCUGUGUGACCUCAUGUCAUGUUUUCCAAGCAAAGAUACUGAAGUGGUUUGCCAUUUCCUUCUCUAACUCAUUUUAUAAAUAAAGAGACUGAGGAAAAUAGGAUGAAGUGAUGAACCUGGCCUAUUCUCCAUUUCUUCAAGGGAGUGAAGAAAAAUGAGGAGGAAUGGAAAUGGGUGAACAGGGAUGGGCCAAUGUAGUCCACAGUACCUUUGUGUACAGA